AUGGAUGAUUUACAACUUGAUUCUGUAUAUAAUAUUACCCAAAAAGAAAUUGGCUUUAAAGAUUUGACGCAGGGUCCAAUUCCAAGAGUGGAUAAUUAUGAUGUCAUUCGAGCCAAAUUCAUUGUCGAUUCACUUGAUCAUAAAAUGAUGACCACAUUUUCAAAAAAUGCGAAUGAAUUCAGAGAUGAAGGUCGUGUUCGUCCAAAUAAUGUAUCCAAAGAUGAUCUUGAUGUUAUAGGAAUAGAUUUAUCACCCAUUAAAACUAAAAAACGCGAGAAGGUUCUUGAAACUAUUCAUAAUAUUUACCAAGCCGAAAGAAUUGAUAAUAUAUUGUUCAUAAAAUUUGAUGGUUUUGUGAAGGGAGAAACGCAUAUGGCAUUACUAUAUUCACUUGAUCAACAAUUAACUUGGGAUUUUCUGAUUGAUACAAUAUCAGUAGUUAAUGGUAAUGAAUUUCGACCAGAUAUAGGGGGGUGGAGACAGAGACCAACACGCAACCUGGGUGCGAUUGGAGAAUGUCCUCAAAAACAAGAAGUUGAUCUUGCUGACGUGCGAACCUUUGAAAUUACUAUAGCAAACACCAAUUCAAGGAUUGUCAUAACAAUUUAUGCUCAGACUUAUACAACUUAUUUCUUUAAUAGGGGAGAGAAAAUGUUAAAAGCAUCAGCAAUUUUAAAGAACGAAUUACUCCAAGAUAAUUAUAGAUGUAGUCACGGUAAUAAGAUUGGCCUUGUCAUAAGCAUUGCCGAUAUCAAAAUUAGAAAAUGUGAUCAUGGAAAUCAUAAAUUUUACGCUUAUUCAAUGUGUAUGCUAUUUUCAGCAAUAUAUUAUUUCAAGCUCGAAUUCAAAUUCGAGUAUCCAAUAACAAUGAGAACACUUUCCGAAAUUUGGACAAAAUUUAUGGAAAAUGAGGAAAUUAUGACGUAUAUUGAUAGUGAAGAGGGUGAAGAAAAUGAUGGAGCAAUUUCAGUUGAUAUGGUCAAUCAAUCACCAAGAAAGUUUAUUAUUCUACUAGAAAAACAUUUAGUCUAA